GUUGAAUAAUACUUAAAUGCACUGGAUUGGAGAACAAAUGCCCAUCACAACCAUCGCUCAUAGAAUAAGAAUUUAGCCGUGCAUUGUUUUGUUAUUUUGAAAAAUAAUUUACACUUAACUGAGCUUUAUUUUGUGUUCCCUUUUACAACCACAACUAGAUGUCGCACGAUGACUGUCACAUCAUGGACUCAUCCUAUAUACAUCUAUAGGUAUUCACUGUGGAAGAGAUGAUGCCUCACCUGCAAGACCUCAGUGGAGCAGUUACUAAGAACCUCUUCCUGAAAGACAAGAAGAAGAAGGGCCUGUGGCUAGUCUCUGUCCGCCAUGACCGUCCAGUCAACCUCAACGACCUGGCUAAGAAGCUAGGCUUGGGUAGCGGCAACCUCCGCUUUGCUGAGGAGGCAGCCAUGUUGGAGAAACUGAAGGUGGGCCAAGGCUGUGCCACUGCCCUGGCACUCUUCUGCGAUAAGGACCAGAGCGUCAAGGUUGUCCUGGACAGCGACCUGGUCAACGGAGGCCAUGAACGAGUUUACUUCCAUCCCAUGACCAAUGCUGGCUCUAUGGGACUAAAGCCAGAGGAUCUCUUGAAGUUUUUAAAGGAGACAGGACAUGAACCAGUUCUUCAGAGCUUUGACUAGUAAAUACCUUGAAAUGAACAUACUUACUAUCCUGUCAGGCUGUGCUUUGGCUUGGUACAAUGAUUUAUUUAAAAGUUAUUUACCUUUGUGCCUGUACUUCGGGUUAUCAAGAAAUUUCCAUUAUUGUAAAAAAAAUAACAUAAUAGUCAAACAUUUGGGACAGAACAAGGGAUGGAGAGUUCUUGUUUUCUAUGGGCAAGAGACCAGUAGAUAGUUGGUUAUAUCAUGUACAUGUUUGAAAGACAAUGUAGUAGUGAUUUAUGGCAUUUGCAUUGUAUCUCCCUCUGCGAGAUCUAGUCAUUUACACUGUUUUGAAACUAAAUACUGCAGUGUAAUAAAGCAGAUGAUGAAACAUUGA